AGGUAGCCACAGGCUCUGAAUUCUCCAACACUUAAGACAGCCAACAUUUUAACUCUGCUGCUUGACAACAUGGCCUGCUUGCAACUGAGAGUGUUUGUGCCAGUAAAGUUAAUGAAAAGGAGUUUUUUGAUGUCAGCAAUGUUUUUAUUAUGCCUUAAGACAGGAUUUGGCAUGAAGCAGGCUGGCACCUGUAGGCCUGUUUGUAUUGGAAGUGAUUGCAUAACUGUCAACCUGGACAGAGUGGAUUUUAAAACAGCUGAGGAAGCUUGCCAGCACAGCAAUGGAGAAUUUUUGACAUUGCAGUCUGAGACUGACAUGCAUAUCUUUGGUAUUUUGAGUCAGGAACUGUUAGGAGGCUUCUGGAUUGGAUUGCGUUUACCAGCUGGUGCCUGCAGCAACCUCUCAGAUCCACUGAGAGGCUAUGAGUGGACGUCUGAUAAUGUGGACAGGAGCUUCAUUCCUUCCUUCAACACCUGGAAAGACAGCGUUAAACUCUGCUCUCCACACUGCGUGUCACUUUCAAAUGAUCAAAAAUGGACAGAGAGGCUGUGCUCGGACAAAACUGAUGGGUUUCUGUGCAAAGCAAAGCACAAAGAUGCUUGCCAGGCACAAGAGGUAUCAGAUCCAGUUGUUUUCCAAGACCCUAAAGGCUGCUUCAAUGGUCCUUGUGAACACACAUGCAAUGCCGUAAAGGGUGGUUACACAUGCUCUUGUUUCAGUGGAUAUAUCCCAGACAGCUUAGACCCCACACGGUGCAAAAUGUUGUUAUAUUGUGCACAGGAGAAAUGUCCUGCAAUAUGUGAAAGCGAGUCAUGUUACUGUCCUGAAGGCUUUCUGAGAAGUGAUCAAAUUUGUGAAGACAUCAAUGAAUGUGAGAUGAAUGAAUGUGAUCAUGAGUGUAAAAACACUUUUGGGAGUUUUGUGUGUUCCUGCCGGAAAGGAUAUGUACUCAAAGAUCAAGGCAAAUGUAUUAAAGCAAAAAACAGUGAACAUUUGGUCGUCACAACUCCUGUCGCUGUAGGAUUUGUUAAACCGGCCGCCAACAACACACUGAAGGGUUCUUCUGACUUUACGGGACGUUUUCUCUGGAUUUGGAUUGUAGUUGCUGUGGCUGUGUUAGCGGGAAUAUUUGUGAUUAGGUUUCAUGUUGUAAAGCGUCAGAGGAGCAGAGAACAGAAUUCUACCCAACAGUCUGCUGUUAUUGCUCCGAUGGACAAUAUCGGCUGCUAAAUGAUGAACGCUGAUUGUGGCUCUUUACAGUUUGGGAGAAUUGUGGAUUCUGUGCUGCUUUAAAUCUUGGAUCUACAUCCAACUAAUGCAUUGUAAAGUAAACAGAGAAGGAAAUAAGUUAAGCAGAAAUUCAGGGCGUUAUUUAACGUAGCUAUUGUGGAAGUAAAUGGAAUGGCCAUCUCAGUUUCCUUAGUGUAUAUGAUAGAAGUAAAGCAAAAAAUAAAGUAUCUUUUAAAAUAGAAACCCAUUAAAAAUUAUUCAGAUGAAAUGUUUGCAACUAAAGAAAACCAGGACACUGAAUUGAAGCACUAAUUGAUGCCUUUGGAGCUGAUUUUCUGCUGUUUAUAAAUUGAGAUCUUCAUGUAGGUCAUAGACAGACAUAAUGAGCUAAUGUGCUAAUAACAACCAAAACAUUACAGGUGUUAUGUAAGAGUUUUUACUGAACACAUCCAUAACUACUGGAAAUAAUAUGUGAAGCAAGUGUUUUCAACGUUAAGGAAGAUUUUUGGAUCAUUCCUCCUCACAGAACUGCUUCAGCUCAGCUAGAUUCUCAUAAGUCUGGUGUAAAUGUCUCUGGUGAUGUCAUUCCACGGCAUCUCUGCUGGGUAAAGGUCAGGGCUCGAUAUUUAGGGUCACUGUGCUGCUGCAUCGCCCAAUUUCUGUCCUGACUUGUGAGAGCUAUGUAAGAUGCUUUGACAAGCAUGGGUAUUCCUUUUCCCUUCAAUAAUGGUGAGCCAUUGUGGCCCAAGAUGGCAAAGCAACUCCAAAUUAUGAUGCAGCCACUACUGUACUUGACCUUUUAGAGUAUCUUUUCCUGUACAGCAUUUUUCCAACAUAAAUAUUCCUGCAUGUUCUUCCCAAAGAAUUCGACUUUAGGUUCACCGGUCCAUAACAUGUUUUCCCAGUGGUGUUGUGGAAUAACGUCCUCUCUGGGAAACUUUCAGGCAAACCUGCUUUUGUUUUUGUCACACCAUAGGAACCACACCUAUUUGAGGUUUUGCUUAUUAUAGACUUGUGUACAUAAACCAUGUUAAAUGAUUUCCUUAGCAUUUUCUUUUCAUGUCAGUGAGCAUUCUGCCUAAAGGAGCCUAAUGGAGUAUUCAGUGUGGAUAAGGCUACACAAUUACUUGUGUGUGAUUAGUUAGACUGCAUUGUACUUAAAAUUGUAACUUAGAUGAAAGUGCGAUCAUAUUUUAAGACCAUUUUUUACAUACAUUUUUCCAAAAAGUUAACUCCUUGGUUUUUCUAUUUCUUUGUUUUUUAUUUCUUUGUUUUUUGCCACUGUUAAAAACUGAGAGUUUAUUUUUGAUAUACAGUUUUGGCAGCUGAAAACAGUCUCCAUUUUAUGAGCUUACAUUAUAUUUCAUAAUCAAAAUAUGUAUUACAGCAUAUAUAAGGUAAAUGUGUUCAACAAAUGUGCACUCUUUGUGUUUAAAGAACAGUAUUUCCUUCUGAAAUGGAGCUGAAACCUGAGAUUCUUUAAAUUCCUGCAUUUAAUUAAAUAAAUGUACUGUUCUGUUCAA